UAAUUCAACCUGAUAUGCCCAUUUUAAUCACUUAAGCUCGAUCUUUAUUUUCUGGCAUAAAUCGGUCCCAACGUUUUUGUUCGAUAGUGCUACUUGGUCCUCUAUCACAAAAUGGCGCACGGCUGCUGCCGCAGCUAUUAGUGUUAUUGUUGUCUCGUAUUGGUGGCGCAGCGCGGACAGUGGGUGUUCUUGGAAACAGGAUGUGCUGGAGGCUUUGUUUCGAGUCGCUGUGUGGUGACCAGUGCCGCUGAUAUAUCUGUUUUCUUGCUGAAUAUUAAGGCGAAGAAGAUGUCGUCUAGUUCUACGAAAUUAUUUAGGGGAAGUGUGCGCAGAUCCAAAAGAAGAUCAGCGAAGCGCCCCCGAACCGUGAACGAAGUGGAGCCGAGCUGCGUGCCGGACCUGGAGGCGCUGCCGUUCCUCUCCAUCGGCGAACAGAUGAUCCUGGACCUGACCAACCCGCUGAUGCCGGCGGCGCCCGCCGGCGGCCACCUCGGCCCGUACCGGCUGCGCAACUGCAAGUCGCCGCCGCCGGGGCCCAGCGGCCACCUGGUGGCCUACCCGGGCCGCCGGCAGCCGCGUCACAACUCCACAGACGACGACAGCAGCUACGACCCGACGGGCGAGGACCUGUCCCUGGCCGGCUCGUCGGCGGCAGCCGCCUACCACCUGCGCCACCGCUCCCCCACGCCCGGCCCCAGCGGCGCGUGCACGCCGUCGUGCGGCGCCGCCAGUCGCGACCCCACCCUCCUGCCAUACCGCAAGCGACCGCGCAAGGGCUCCAUCGCUGACCUGUCGACUGAAGACAGCGUGGCCGCCCAGUAUCUGCUGUUCGAGCUGCCGGACGAGGUGCUGGUCACCAUAUUCUCGUAUCUGCGCGAGUUCGACCUGUGUCGGUCGGCGCAGGUGUGCCGGCGAUUCUACAAAAUCGCCAAUGACUUGGGCCUUUGGAAAACCCUGUAUCAGAACGUGUUCGAGUAUGACCGGCCGCUGCUGCACCCGGCGCCGUGCGAGUUUGAGUUCGUCUCAGCCGAGGACAGCGACCUGGAGAACCCCUGGAAGGAGAGCUUCCGCCAGCUGUGCUACGGCGUGCACGUGCGGCCGGGCUGGGAGGAGCGCGAGCCGCCGCCGCCGGCGCCCGGCCGCGCCCGCUCCUCCAACGUGGUGUACAUCGAGAGCGUGCAGGCGGCCGUGGAGCACUGCGAGCGGCCGGGCGCGCCUGCCAACCCGCUCGUGUUCGUGCACACGGGCACUUACACCCACCAGACGCUCGUCAUCCAGUCGAACGUGCAGCUGGUGGGCGCGGCGGCCGGCGCCGUGGCCGACCAGGUGAUCCUGGAGCGCGAGAACGAGUCGACGCUCAAGUUCGGCAGCGGCGCGCGCCAGGCCUACGUCGGCUACGUGACGCUGCGCUUCGUGCCCGACAACAACUCGUCGCACGUGAAGCACUACAGCCUGGAGGUGGUGGCGAACGCGGCGCCGUCGUCUGAGCAUUGCUCGCCGGCGGCCGACCAGUGCUCGCCGACCGUGGACCACUGCGUGGUGCGCAGCAGCUCGGUGGUGGGUGCGGCCGUCUGCGUCAGCGGCGGCCGCGCCGAGCCGACAGUGCGCCACUGCGACAUCUCCGACUGCGAGAACGUCGGCCUCUACAUCACCGACCACGCGCAGGGCGUCUACGAGGACAACGAGAUCAGCCGCAACGCGCUGGCCGGCAUCUGGGUGAAGAACCACGCCAACCCGGUGAUGCGGCGCAACCACAUCCACCACGGUCGCGACGUGGGCAUCUUCACGUUCAACAACGGACAGGGCUACUUCGAGGCGAACGACAUCCACGCCAACCGGAUCGCCGGCUUCGAGGUGAAGGCGGGCGCCAACCCGACGGUGGUGCGCUGCGACAUCCACCACGGCCAGACGGGCGGCAUCUACGUGCACGAGAACGGGCUCGGCCAGUUCCUCGAGAACCGCAUCCACUCGAACGCUUACGCCGGCGUCUGGAUCACGGCCAAUAGCAACCCGACCAUCCGCAAGAACGAGAUCUACAACGGCCAGCAGGGCGGCGUGUACAUCUUCGGCGACGGCCGCGGACUCAUCGAGCACAACAACAUUUACGGCAACCAACUGCCGGCAUCCAGAUCCGCACCAACAGCCAACCCGAUCGUGCGCCACAACCGCAUCCACCACGGCGAGCACGGCGGCAUCUACGUGCACUAGCGCGGCCAGGGCCUGGUCGAGGAGAAUGAGGUGUUCAGCAACAAGCUGGCCGGCGUGUGGAUCACCACAGGCAGCGCCCCGGUGCUGCGCCGGAACCGCAUCCACUCGGGAAAGCAGGUCGGCGUCUACUUCUACGACAACGGCCACGGGCAGCUGGAGGACAACGAGAUCUUCAACCACCUGUACUCGGGCGUGCAGAUCCGCACGGGCAGCAACCCCAUCAUCCGGCGCAACAAGAUCUGGGGCGGCCAGAACGGCGGCGUCCUGGUCUACAACUACGGCAUCGGCGAGCUGGAGCAGAACGAGAUCUUCGACAACGCCAUGGCCGGCGUGUGGAUCAAGACGGGCAGCAACCCUACGCUGCGCCGCAACAAGAUCUACGACGGCCGCGAGGGCGGCAUCUGCAUCUUCCAGCGCGGCAAGGGCGUCCUGGAGGAGAACGAGAUCUUCCGGAACGUGCAGGCGGGCGUGCUGGUGUCCAACGACUCGCACCCGAUCCUGCGGCGCAACCUCAUCUUCGACGGCAUGGCCGCCGGCAUCGAGAUCACCAACCGCGCCACGGCCACGCUCGAGCAGAACAAGAUCUUCAACAACCGCUUCGGUGGCCUCUGCCUAGCCACGGGCGUCACGCCCACCAUGAAAGGCAACAAGAUCUUCGACAACCAGAACAUGGUGGAGAAGGCGAUCGAGGCGGGCCAGUGCCUGUACAAGAUCUCCAGCAACACCUCCUUCCCGAUGCACGACUUCUACCGGUGCAAAACGUGCAACACCACCGACAAGAACGCCAUCUGCGUCAACUGCAUCAAGAUAUGCCACGCCGGCCACAGUGUGGAGUACAUCCGACACGACAGAUUCUUCUGCGACUGCGGCGCGCGCGGUCUGCGGAACCCGUGCCACCUGCAGGGCGAGCCGACGCAGGACUCGGACACGCUGUACGACUCGGCGCAGCCCAUCGAGUCGCACACGCUGAAAUACAACUAGCCGGCGGUGGGGCGGCAGUGAUAUCGCGGAGCGACGGUGGCGCCGCGGCGCGGCCGCCAUGGGCACCAGCCCCGGACGGCAGUGCGCCCGGCCCGCCGCCAGUGAUGGAAAGCUAUAUGGAUAUUUGACUUGCGACCGGUGCAGAGCGGACGCGAACAUUUAGGUCUUCGAAUGGAGUGGACAGGAGGGAAGUGCGGGCAGCAGUGCGUGUGCGUGAGCGUGCGAGAGUGCGUGCAUCUUCGUCAACCGACAGACCGACAGAUUGACACCCAGCGCUAGCCGAACCAGUGCUUCCAUGUGUUCUGUGCAGUGCUUUUCGGCGACGGCGGCGGCCGGCCCCGGUUCGGUUUGCGCGGUCGCGGCGGUGGCGAGCCGCGUCGUCGGCCGUCCCCUAUGACAGGAUACUAGUCAGCGAGCCGGCGGCGCUGGACGGCGACGGCUGGGCUCGCAUUUCGCCGCCGCCCCGCCCCGUCCUGCUCUGCUCUGCUCUGCUCUGCUCUGCCCUGCCCUCCUCUGCCCUGCUCGGCUCCGCUAUGUGAUCGUGUGCAGGGUCGGCCGCGCGCCGGCCCGCUCCCGCGUCGACGCCCGGUGCGCGGGCU